AUGAUGCACUGUGCUUACACGAACGGGAAUAUGGCUGGGGACAUGACAGUGUUGGAAAGACAGAGGGCGAGGAUGAAGUUGCAAGAAGAGCAAGGGUACUUUCCUGGGUUCAACGGUCUUUUCUCUUCUUCUCUUCAUCCACAAGAUUCCUUCAUGCUCCCUGCUGAUUCCGGUUGUGCACUUGGUGAAGUGGUGGCUCAGGCUCAGGCUCAGGCUCGCUCGAUGAAUAAGCCAUCCGUUCCUGGGUUUGGUGCAAGUUCUUCAAUUUCAAGGACUUUUAGUUGUCCACCUGCUUUGGUGGACCCCGAGCCCGAGCCCAGACCCACAGACUCCUCAAUUGGGAAAGAGCGUUUCAAGAAAAGGAAACCCGACAAGCCUCACAAUGCUAAGUUUCUUUCAGAAAAUGAUAUGAAACACAAGAGGAUCAAAGUGGGCGUCGACGACGAUGGAGAAUCCAAGAUCACAGGGAGCCCCAACAGUAUCACAACAAACACUAAUAGCAACAGAAGAGAAACUUGUGCAGAUACUUCAAAUUCAAAGCAAAAUUCCAAAGCCUCCGAGGUCCAAAAUCAAAAGCUUGAUUAUAUUCAUGUCCGCGCGCGUCGUGGCCAAGCCACCGAUAGCCAUAGCUUGGCUGAAAGAGUAAGAAGGGAAAAAAUUAGUGAGAGAAUGAAGUAUUUGCAAGAUUUAGUACCCGGUUGCAACAAAAUCACGGGAAAAGCUGGAAUGCUUGAUGAAAUCAUCAACUAUGUUCAAUCUCUUCAAAGACAGGUUGAGGUAAGAGUUAGGUGCAUCUCCUCUUUUUCUUCGACAUUGAUCUAUCCGAAAUUCAUGUCAACCCCAUUUCAUUUGCGUGGAUAUCAAAUACUUAUUAUGUAUAUAUAUGAUCACUAUAUGCAGUUUCUGUCAAUGAAAUUAGCUGCUGUGAACCCGAGGCUUGACUUCAGUAUUGAUGAUCUCUUUGAAAAAGAAGGGUUUCCUGCUUGUGCUGCGAAUUUUCCAAACAUUGGAAUGUCAUCAGAUAUGUCUAACCCUGCCUAUCUUCAAUUUAAUUUACCACCACAACAAAUGGUUUCGUAUGGAGGAUUAGACACGGGGAUUAACCCUUCCGAUAUAGACCUAAAAAGGACUAUGAGUGCCCAUGUAUCAGGGCCUGAAACAUAUCUUCACUCGUCAUGUUUCACACAAAUGCUACCCUCUUCAACAUGGGAAGAAAGUGAUUUCCAAAACCUUUGCAAUUUGGAUUUUGAUCAAGUGCGAGCCACAUCUUUCCCUUCUCAUCUGUUCUCAGGUCUGGUUGAAGCUGGCAAUCAUCUAAAGAUGGAGAUGUAG